AUGAGUUCUCAGACGACGGGGCCGAUUCACUUUGGCCCGUUUGAGGUCACGCCUCAGGUCUUCCUCACAACACCGCACUCCUUCGCCCUCGUCAAUCUCAAACCCUUAUUACCAGGACACGUGCUGAUCUGCCCGCGACAACCACACAAGCGGUUAACCGAGCUCACCGCGCUCGAGCUAACCGACCUCUUCCAAGCCGUGCAGCGGGUCCAGCGCAUGCUAGCACGGCACUACUUCACAUCCUCCUCGCAGCAAAGCAGCGACGACGACGACGCCGCCGGCACCCCCGAGGCCGGGUCCUUCAACAUCGCGAUCCAGGACGGCGUCGAGGCGGGCCAGACCGUCUCCCACGUCCACGUCCACGUUAUCCCGCGCAUCCGCGGGUCCACCGCCAAGGAGGAAGCUGGGCCCGGCGACCAGAUCUACGAGUCGAUGGCGGCGGAGGACGGGAACGUCGGUGGCGCGUUAUGGGAUCGGGAACUAAAGAGGCUCCAGCAACAGCUGGGUAAGCGACCUAAACCCGGCGGCAGCUUCCCCAGCAUCGAAGAUUCGGAGCGACAUCCGCGGACGGCGGAGGAGAUGGAGGCCGAGGCGAAGGUGUUUCGGAAGGCGUUGGAGCAGAUGGGAGAGGCUGAAGGGGAGCCUAUAUAA